CUGCAAGGGCAGGCCAAGCACCAUGCUCGGUUGGCUGGUCUGGAGCGUCAUGCUCUUGGCUGUGGGCUUUACCGUCGGGGCCCUUUCGAUGGUGCUACUUGGUUGGGAGCCACUGCUGCGGGGCGCGGUUCGAGUUGUCCGAGCAACUUCGAGGAAGAAGCACGACCUUGUGGCGACCCGAGGCAACCAGGUCCGAUUUACCUCGCUUUCGCAAUCGUUGGUCUCGCACCCGGUGCGCGCAGCAGACAUCCUUGCGAUUGCAGCUCUCGCAUCCAAGCAAGAUCUGACAGAUGUCGACUCUGGCCGGGAAGGUGCGGAUCUCAAAGACCUUUCGAUACCGCUGCAGGUGACGGAGCUCAACCGCGUCGUUGAUCGUCUCUUGGGCGAGGCCCUCGGUGCUUCGGCGCAAUUGCAGAUCAUCAACACUGCGCUAUCGCGCGACGACGUCGGAGCUCUUCGGACGAGCUUCUUGUGCUUGACAAAACCCACGUCUCGAAUCUUUCGGACAACGCUGCUGACGCUACGAGUGCUCGUUCAGCGUGCAUCGGAUGCGACGCCCAGCGAAGGCAGCGCCUACGCUGCAGCGAUGGCGCAGUUUCUCGGCCGCACGUUCGGCCCAACGCUGCAGCUGGACUCGAUUGCCCUGACUCGGCUUUUGCAAGAUUACGAAACUAUCAUGCAACGCAUGUUGGCACUGGAGGCUCCGUCCGAGACUCUUCGCGCGUACGCUGCAGGUCCAGCGCUUCACGUCGCCUCAGCUGAACAGAUUGCACCGCCUCCAAUCGACGUCGCAUGGACCAACGCUGUGCUAUCGCGCUGGUUCCAAGAGUACGCUUCGAUGCCACAGCUUGUCGCUGUUUGGGAGGCUUCAGCCAACCGCCUUUUGCAGAAACAGGCUCUGCCCGGGACCAUCGAAACACUAGCGCUUCAGCAGCUGACGCUCGGGGCGUCUCCUCCGUGUAUUUCGAGCCUUGCGCUUGUGUCCACGCACGCUCCGGACGAACUCUGCUUGGCGUUCACACUGGACUACACGGGUGACGCGAGUGUCGAGGUGCACACGUCCGUGCCCGUGUCGGACUUUAAGGCCAAGGUUUCGAUGCGAGUCCGCAUCAAGUCGUUUCGCGGACGAUUGCGCCUUCUGGUGCCGCCCGCCAGGGCCGAUCCCGGCCACGGCUGGGUUGCCUUCGAGGAGCCACCGACGUUUGCGCUCAGCAUCGAAAGCUGCCAACACCCGCCGCAAGCGCUGCCGCAACUCGCCAAACUCGUUUCGCUUGAAAUCCUCGAAUCCAUCACUGUCGAUGCCACACUGCCUCACUGGACGUACAUUGAGCUCCCGUGGCACCCCGCGACAUCGUCCCUCGACACGUUUUUUGUGGAUCUUCGAGCAGCGACUGGGACUCCGACAUCCGAUGCGUCCGCCAAGUCGUUUGUGGAAACCGCGGGGGGCCUCAUGGGUAGCGCUGUCGGGAGUGCGUUUGGCGGUGCGUUUGGCGGCAAAGUCGCGCGGGCUGUCGGUGAAAAAAUGGGCGAGCACCUUGCCAAGUAUGCAACGUCGACGUUGUCACCUGUCGUACACGACGUUGUUGCAACGGCCAAGUCUUUUCGAAGCCCCAAACACAAGCCAACGUCGCCAACCACCACGUCGGCACCGACGGAGAGGUCCAUAUCAGCAGACAAGUUGGUCGCCCUCGCGCGGAAAGCCAGUCACGUUGACACAAAGGAGCCGACGCCCCAUCCUGUCUCGGCACCCAAUGCUAGCAUCAACGUGGCGCAGCUGGUCUCGCGUGCAAAACAAACCGCAAACAAGGCGCACGCCGAAUGAGUCUCGAUAUUACCCCGUCGAAUUGAGUUUACGACGCAGCACCAAUACAUAAACCAUAUCAUUUUCAUAGUUCCAC